CUGAGUUCUAACAGCCAGUUGUUUACUGGUCGUCUAUUGAACCGGAGGCCUCUGUCUUAAGAUGUCGGGAUCAUCCUCCUGUCAACAUACUGGAGUAUACCGCUCGAAUGAGGUCGUCUACAGCAGUCUCCUUUAUUCCAGCGACACUGGAGUGUUCCCUUAAGUUGGAAUUUAUAAAUUUUUCAAUGAAACUGCCUCUGUCUAAAGAAUUCUCUCCUUACAGUGCCCAGAAGAGGGGGUGAGGAUCUGAUCUCGACUCCAUCAAACACAACAAGACUCCAUAUCAAUGUUUGUCCAUUCAUUGUGCCAUUCGCCAAGAUACUCGCUUUUGUCUGCUGCUGGAUUCAUUCUCCAUGUUUUCAGCAAUGCCCUAUAUUUGCCUGUCUUUUGUCGUUCAUUGUCCGAUGUUUUACAUGGUGCAAAGGAAAUGCGGGUCCAAGACCAUAGAAGACAUAUACGGGCGUUCUCAAAUUCAGGAAAUAUAAAUACCAUGCCCUGAACAUUGGAUUGGAUUCAUCAUCAUCCCUAUUCUCAUCCUUCUACAUCCAUCUUAGCGUUUCCUUCUUGACCAGUCGUCGAGGCCCUCAUCCCGUCUACCUCCUUUGCACAGCUCCAUUGCUAAUCACUAUCUUCACUAUUUGUUAACAUUGACCGAAAGCAUCAGAGAAUUUACCGGUAUUAUCUAUUUCAGAAAUUAUUAAAAAAGAUUAAAAAAGAAAAAUUCAAAAUGCCUCACCAUUGUGACAAGUGCAAACAGAUCGCCACCACAAACUGCCUGCGCCUCGGGCAUGUUUUUCAAUGUCUGUGCGGUCAGGCAUUUUCUGCAUAUCACAAGGAGUGUCCGCAUUGUGCCAAUGCCCUCCAGAAGCGCCGCCAGCGAAAGGAAAAAGAGGCUCGUGAGAAGGCCCAGAAAGAGGAUAAAAAGAGCCGUAGGGAUCGGCUUGGGGAUAAAGUCCCUCGGUAAUUUGCUGAGAAGUAAGUAUUGCCAACCGUGGGAUACUAUACUAACCAAAGUCCUCUUGCCUCAGCCUCCUAUUACCCGGACUGCUGCUUUCUUACAGGUAUACAGGUCUCACCGAGUCCGUUGUGCUGUGACGGGUAAGUGGUCCCAGUCUAUACUCUUUGCCUUUA